AUGAAUGACAAGCUCGUGGAGACUAUCCAUGCGGUCGGAGCUAAGUUCUGCAAGACCCGCCGCAGAAGAACACAAAAACUCUCUGAUCACACUCUUAAUCUCAUGACUGUUAGACGGGAGAUGAGGCUGCAAUCGUCAACAGAUUUGACAGCAUACAGGCAACUGAACAGACAGAUCUCGAAAUGCAUGCGGCGAGACUUACGCAACUUUAAUACUGCUCGUAUUAAAAAAGCGAUCGAGUGGAACCAGGGCUCCAAAGUCUUUGCCAGAGAUCUGUCUGCCAGAAAGAGCCAACUGUCAAGGCUGAAGACUGAGUGUGGCAACAUCGUUACCGGGACACCUGAGAUUCUGAGUGAGAUUGAGAGGUUCUAUGGGCAGCUGUACACAUCAUCGUUGGAGCCACACGCAAGUGUGAUGAACGAUCCAAGAGCAAGUCUUAUCCGACACUAUUCCGAUGAUAUCCCGGGCGUCAGUCUGAGCGAGAUUAGAAUGGCUCUCCACCACCUUAAAAACGGCAAGACCCCGGGCGGGGAUGGAAUUACAGCGGAGCUUCUGAAGCGGGUGGAACACCGGUACUUGAAGUCCUUCAGAAGCUCUUCAAUUCCGUCCUCCAUGGUGGCACUACUCCAGAGGAAGCGCGAUGGUCUUGUUCUUUAA